UCAGCACGUGCGAACGUUUUGGCCGGUUCUCGGGAUUAGAGGGUGGCCAUUUCCUUCGUGCGUCGUCGCUGAGAGGAGCUCUGGUGGGUUGUGGAGUUCGGCUAUCAUGGCGGAAAUAGCUCAGGAACGUUUAGAGGAUCGACUUCCCGAAUUACAACAGUUGGAGCGCACUGGACUCUUCAGUGAGGACGAGAUUAGGGCAAUCAUUAGGAAGGCUUCAGAACUAGAAUAUGGAAUACAGCGAAGAAGUCUUUCAAAGGACAGCUUUAUCAGAUAUGUUCAGUAUGAAAUUUACCUUUUGGAGCUGAUCCACAAAAGAAGAGCUCGUGUUGGAUAUACAUUUAAGAAGGAUGAGAUCGAGGACCCUAUGAUACGUCGGAUACAGAGUGUCUUCCAACGUGCAACGAUUAAGUGGAAAGAUGAUGUUAAACUUUGGCUGUCUUUUGUAGCCUUUUGUAGGAAGUGGGCUGCCAAUGUUCAACUUAGCAAGUUAUUUUCUUCCUUGUUGGCCUUUCAUUCAAACAAGCCAGGUUUGUGGAUUUUGGCGGCGAAAUGGGAAAUGGAAGACCACUUGUCUUCAGAAAGUGCAAGACAGCUAUUUCUUCGGGCUCUGCGCUUUCACCCUCGUUACCCGAAACUUUAUGAAGAAUACUUUAGGAUGGAGCUGAUGCAUGCUGAAAAAUUGAUGAAGGAAAAGCAAGAGUUUGAAAAAGCCAACAUGGAUAUGGGGAAUCUCGAGCAUGCUGAAGAAGUCCUUACGGGCGAGUUGGCACGGAUCGUCUAUAAGAAUUCUAUAAGUGUAAUUAAAAGUGCAAAAUUUCAUGUGUCACUGCUUUCAAUUGCACAGCAGUUCGACUUUGCCAAAGAUCUGCAAAGAGAAAUUUACAAUGACCUUAAGGCUCUGCACACAGACGACCCCCUCACUUGGGACUAUGUGGCCCGGCAAGAAUUAGUGAUUAAAUCACAGCCAGGAGAAGAGCUGCCUGCAACUAAACAAGCCAAAGCGAAGGAGGUGGGCCGCCGGGAAGAGAGGUGCUGUGCUGUGUACGAGGAGGCGGUAAAAACUCUGCCCACAGAGGCUAUGUGGAAGUGUUACAUGAGCUUCUGCAUGAAGAGAUUUACUAAGAAGACAAGCAGUCGCCUCCUCAGAAAGAAGAGGCUGAAAAGAACCAUGGCUACAUUCUGGAAGGGACAUGAGCUGAAACUUUUACCAGAAUUCCAGUACAGGCAGUUGAGCAAGUUGUUGCUGUACCGAGAGUUGUUUAAGGAAUCCCUGGAGGUGGCAGAUGCUGGGGUGGAAUUGUUCAGAAAAUCAUCGGAGAUGUGGCAGGUGAAGCUGGAGGCCAUGAUUUCAUCAGAGAGCCAGGAGAUGACCAAGGUUUUUAACCAAGCCUUUGAGUACCUGAAACCCCAGAUUUGUCUUCCAUUGUGGCUUACUUGGGCACAGUGUAGUGAAGAGAUCGGAAAGCAAGAAGAAGCUGAAAUGAUCUAUAAGAGAGCUGUCUUUCGUCUCUCAGGAGAUGACUCAGCCACUAUGAAGGAAAUGUACCUGGCUUGGGCUUAUCGAAGUGGUGGUUACAAAAAGGCCAGAGAUGUAUUUAAAAGUUUACAGGAAAACCGUCCAUUUUCAGUUGAUUUUUUCAGGAAGAUGAUUGAGUUUGAGAAGGAGCAAGAAUCCUGUAAGAUGGAAAACUUAAGAGAGUAUUAUGAGAGGGCUUUGAGAGAAUUUGGAACUGUUGAUUCUGAUCUCUGGAUGGAUUACAUCAAAGAAGAAUUGAACCACCCACUUGGUAGACCUGAGAACUGCGGACAGCUCUAUUGGCGAGCCAUGAAAAUGUUGCAGGGAGAGUCAGUAGAGCAGUUCAUGUCUAAACAUGCUUUGCAUCAAGCCGGCCGUUUGUGAAAAGAGGAAGAGCACAGUCACCUUUGUGAAAUAGUGCUAUAAGCCCUCUGGGCACAUUUGUUUUAUGCAGUCAUCUGCAGUUUGCUGAGAUGCCAUCUCAUUUUGAGGCCUGCUUUAAUUUUGUUGAUGUGUUAAUCUUGAAUUCCAGAAAAGAGAGCUGCUGUUUAAUGGCCAGAAGCCAGUUGUUGAGGCCAGACUAUGUAGGUCCUAAAUGUUUUUCAGAAUACAUGGAAACGAUGUAACUGAUCUUUUACUACACUUGGUCACGCUUGAGUAGCUCUAAUCUAGACCUCUGUUCAGUUAAAAUGGGGAUGAAAAUACAGUUCUGUUUUCUCCUUAUAGAAGUAUAUGUGGUAUGCAUUUAUUGUAAAAGUACGGAGGGAACAAAGUAAUGUUGUAAUCUUGUCAUCUGGACUUAAACUCACUGGUAUGAUUUCCUUUGUUAGAAUUGGAUUUAUACUGUUAGGUCAUUUAUUCAUUCAUUCAUUGAGUCCCUGUCAUGGGCAAGAAAGAAGACAAGCUUUUGGGAUGGAAGUGGGGAUGAAAGGAACAGGGCUGAUGUCCUGAGUUGGUUGAAGCAGCAGAAGAGGAUGCUAGGUAUUAGGGAAAAAGUUGUUCUUUGAGAAGAUUUUAAGAAAUUACAAAAGUGUUUUUGUCUCUGGGACUGAUCUGGAGAGAAAUAAUUACACUGGAGAGACCCAGUAACAAUGAAAGGCAGAGGUAGGGAGUAGCUAGAAAGAGAGGCUCCAGAGGCAAGGAUGGAGGGUGACUUAGAGCAGAGACGGGCAUUCUUGGAGCAGAGGAAGUGGUGGUUUGAGUUGUAUAUCCUUCAACGUAACAUGAUGUCACUGGGAGAAGCAUUCAGUACAGUUUGACUUAACACUGUUUCACUUAAUAUUAUGUUGUUUUCCAUGUUAUUAAAUAGCCUUGAAAACGUGAAAUAAAUCCAUAGCAUUCCAUUGUA